AUGUCCACUAUUUACGUUAAUCCGUCAGUCGAAACAGUUGAAGGUUGGAGUGUAAAGCAAGUUAAAGAUUUUUUAAAUUCCAAAAAAGAUGAAUUUUUUUUUAACGAUGAUGAAAUUGCGAAAGUUGAGGAGAAUGGUAUCAAUGCAGGUACAUCAAAAUCACCCAAUGGACUUGUGUUCAUUUUUGUGGACAACUCCAACUUAUUUAUCAAAGGAAAGUAUACUGUAGGUAAUCUUGAAAAAGUAGGCACCAUUAAUCGGAAGAGAGGUUCCUUUUACUUCAACGAGCUUCGCUUCGAUCAUGGUUGUCUUCUAUCUACAGAGCACAUUAGAAGUCAGGGCUUUAAAGUGGUCCUUUAUGAUCGAAAUGUCAAAAAUAAAGAGAAGAAAAUAGAUACGUCUUUCGUAGUUGAUGGAAUGAAAGUAAUCAUGUCUGAGGAUCCUGGUAUUUUUGUCUUAAUAGCCGGUGAUGGUGAUUAUUAUCCAAUGAUAUUAGAAGCUCUUUAUCGAAAUUGGAAGGUUGAAGUAUGGUUUUGGACAUCAGGAAUAUCUGGUAACCUUUUGUCAAAAGAAGAAAAAUCAAGACUGUCUUUUUAUCCUCUGGAUGAUUGCUAUCGAUAUUUCACAUAUGCAUCUGGACCUAAUUUCGAGAAAAUAUGUUCUUGA